AUGGGGAAGUACAUGCGCAGCAAGUGCAGGGGGGCCGCGGGCGAGGAGGUCGCCGCCGUCGAGGUCACGCAGGUCGUCGGCGUCCGGACGAGGUCCAAGUCCGCGGCGGCGACCGGCGGUGGUGUCGCGAAGGUAGCCCCGAGGAGGAAGAAGGCGCUGACGCCCGCGAACGUGACGGCGGGGGAGCCUGCUGCCGUGGGCGCUGGUGGGGACGGCGGAAGCUGCUACAUCCACCUGCGCAGCCGCAUGCUGUUCAUGGCACCGCCUCAGCCUCAGCCGCAGCCGUUGGUUCCGACGCCGGCGGAGGCUGUUGCUGCAGGACAGCAGGGCGCGGCGCUCGCGGCUGGGCUCUCGCGUUGCUCCAGCACAGCGUCGUCGGUGGACGUGGGGGGCCAGAACAGGAGCCACGCCUGCCGCUCCGACGCUGCGGAGGUUGGCGGGGAUCACGCCCCGGAUGUCUCGGCGAGCAACUCGGGGAGCGGCCCAGACCGCGAGAGGAGAGAGACGACGCCAUCGAGCCGGGCGCACGGCGAGCUCAGCGAUCUGGAGUCGGAUCUGGCGGGGCAAAAGACUGGCCGGUCGUUGCCGGCGGCUACGUCGGCUGCGGUGCCGAUCGUGCCACCAGCACAAGAGAUCGAGGAGUUCUUGGCGGCCGCCGAGGCGGGCCAGGCCAAGCGCUUCGCUUCCAAGUACAACUUCGACUUCGUCCACGGCGUGCCCCUCGACGCCGGCCGGUUCGAGUGGACGCCGGUGGUCAGCAUCUGA